AUGGCUGCGACAGUUACAGCUUUUGUGACGGACACCGUCACAAAGACGAUUGCCAUGUCCGCCACGGCAUCUUCGACUGCAAGAGCGAAAGCACAAGGUGGUAUCCUGGAAGGCGAAAAUCCGACACAUUAUAAUCCCAAGGAUCCUAUCAUCAUAUUCAUCAUUCAGGCCGGUGUUAUCAUUCUAUUCUGUCGCUUGUUGCAUUGGCCUCUGUCCAAGAUUCGGCAGCCGCGUGUCAUCGCAGAGGUCAUCGGUGGUGUCUUGCUCGGUCCCUCAGUCAUGGGCAGAAUUCCAGGGUUCACAGCAACUAUUUUCCCGGCGGCUGCACAGCCAAAUCUCGCUCUUGUGGCCAACCUUGGCCUGGUACUCUUCCUGUUCAUCGUGGGCCUCGAAGUCGAUCUACGCUACUUAGCCAGUAACUGGAAGAUUGCAUUGAGUGUCGGUCUGGCCGGUAUGGCUCUUCCGUUCGGUCUUGGAUGUGGUAUCGCCUACGGUCUCUACCAUCAAUUUUCGGACGAAGACGGAACCGAGCCGGUUGCAUUCGGCACAUUCAUGCUAUUCGUAGGUGUAGCUAUGGCCAUCACUGCCUUUCCAGUGCUGUGUCGUAUCCUCACUGAGUUGAAGCUUCUCUCGACUUCUGUUGGUGUCAUUGUUUUGUCAGCUGGAGCUGGCAACGACGUUACCGGAUGGGUCCUUCUCGCUCUCUGCGUCGCUCUGGUCAACUCCGGAAGUGGCAUAAGUGCCUUGUAUGUUUUACUCACAGCUCUCGGAUACACACUGUUCCUCUUCUUUGCUGUCAAGCCAGCAUUUACCUGGGUUCUUCGACGUACGCGUACGUUUGAGAAUGGACCAUCUCAGGGGAUCAUCGUCUUGACUCUCCUGAUUGCGCUCGCUUCAUCCUUCUUCACUGGCGUCAUCGGCAUUCAUCCUAUCUUUGGUGCUUUCAUGGCUGGAUUGAUUUGCCCUCACGAGGGUGGUUUCGCAAUCAAGGUCACAGAGAAGAUUGAAGAUCUGAUUAGCGCUCUGUUCUUGCCACUCUAUUUCGCUCUGUCUGGUCUAUCUACAAACCUCGGUCUGCUUGACAGUGCCAUCACCUGGGGAUAUGUCGUUGGUGUUCUGGCCGUCGCAUUCAUUGGCAAGUUCGUAGGUGCCUCGUUGGCUGCCCGUGCGAAUGGAGUUGUCUGGAGAGAGAGUUUCACCAUUGGUGCUUUGAUGAGUUGCAAGGGUCUUGUUGAGCUUAUUGUGCUGAACAUCGGCCUGCAAGCCAAGAUCCUGUCUCAGAGGACAUUCACAAUCUUCGUUGUCAUGGCACUAAUCACCACAUUCAUCACUACGCCUUUGACCAUGGCCUUGUAUCCUCCUUGGUACCAAAAGAAGCUAGAAGCUUGGAAGAAGGGCCUGAUCGACUGGGACACAGGCAAUCCGAUCAAUUCUGGCGACGAUACUUCAUCGAUUGUCGCUGCGAAGCUCGAGACCAGCAAGAUUAAGACUCUUUUGGUCCAUCUGAGACUGGACAACAUGCCUACUCUGAUGACUUUUGUCUCGCUCCUUGCUGCACCUACCAAGUCUGGCGAAGCAGCUGUAAGGCAACAUCCGAUGUUGGCUGGAAAGAGCGCUAGCGUAGCAGAAUCUCUCAAGGCCCCAAAUCGUCCUUUGGAGGUUCACGGCGUUAGAAUGAUCGAGCUCACAGACAGAGAUUCAUCCGUUAUGAGUGUUUCGGACGUCGAAGAGUUCCACUGGAAGGAUCCAAUCAUCAACACCUUCCGCAACUUUGGCCGACUGUACAACCUCAGAGUCUCGGGUGAGGUUGCUAUCGCGCUCGAGUCUUCUUUCGCGGAGAUAAUCACGUCGAAAGCGUCAAACGAAAACUCCGAUCUUCUUGUUCUUCCUUGGAGUGAAAGUGGAAGUAUCAAUGAGCAGCAAUCAUACAAUGGAACUCCAGCAACACCUCGACGUCUCGAAGACACAAGCUACGUCAGCUUUGUGGCAGCUGCCCUCAUAUCCGCCACCACCAACACGGCCGUACUCGUCAACCGCGGUUUCGGCGGCAGCGCAGUGGCACAUCGCCCAACAUUGUCUCGUCAAGCGAGCAAAGUAAGUUUGUCAAACGAUCGGGGACCUGCAUCUUCACCCAUCAUGGACAAGUCUCACCACAUAUUCAUGCCAUACUUUGGCGGAGCUGAUGGCCGCAUGGCGUUGCGUCUUGUGUUGCAACUUGCUGAGAAUCCCGAAGUCACCGCCACAGUUGUGUUCUUCGACAGACUUGAGGGCAGUGGCUCACCGGAAAGCAAAGAGGCUGAAUCUCACGGUUCACCGAGGGAGAUAACACGAGAAGGUUCUUCAAGCUCGAGAGAAGGAAAAGCCGGUGCUGUCGCACGGGUCGAGGAUAGUGAUGAAUCUUUCUUCGCCAUGAUUCAGAAAUCGUUGCCGGUCGAACUAUCCUCAAGAGUGAUCAUGGAGUCUGUCUCGUCUCAUUCGCCCUUGGAAGAGGCAAUCGCAAGAGCACAGAUCGAGGUCGCGCAGAACCCGAAGAAUGCAGGCGACUUGAUUGUUGUCGGCCGAAAGGACUUGUCCAACGAGUUGGGCAAAGCAUGUCUGGGUCUCGUUGCUCAGCGAUUCGUCGACAGCGGUCUUAGAGCGAGUGUUUUGGUCAUGCAAGCUCGACCGUCUCACACGUCUUCCGAGAUUUUCUGA